GUCGUUCUCCUCCUGAUUUCCUUCUCCCUCCGCGCUUGCUUGCUCCGUGAUGGUUCUUCAGUGACUCACAAGAACAGGAAUCGCCCGCCAAGAUGAAUCGGCUGCUUCAAUCCGAAGCUAAUCAAAAUUAAUUAUGCGUCGCACGUUACAUUUCGAUUUGCAUUCUUUGUAAUUAUUAGUCACUAAGAAUCUGCUAAUUUAAGUAGCUUCCUCUGCGUUAACGUCGAUCGACACUUCGCCUCCUGCUCUCUUCAGCUUCCACCGUGCGUGCGAGCUCUUGCACUAUAAAUGCUCAUGCACCGUCCAGUUUCCUUCUCAGUCUAGAUCGCCAGAAGCAGCACCAUGAAUUCCAUUCAGAAUCUGGCAGUCCUUGCGCUCGCCUUCGCCUUCCUGGUCGCGUCAGGCAGCGGCCGCGAGCUCUCUCCGGUGGAGCUCCACCAGGCCGCCGACCUGCAGGCGCGACUUGCCGUGGGGAUGGGCGAAGCCGGCGGGCUGGUUGAGUGCUGGAACUCGCUCAUGGAGCUGCGGUCGUGCACCAACGAGAUCGUGCUGUUCUUCCUGAACGGGGAGUCGUACCUCAGCCUCGACUGCUGCCGCGCCAUCCGCGUCAUCACCCACCACUGCUGGACCUCCAUGUUCACCAACCUCGGCUUCACCGUCCAGGAGACCGACAUCCUACGCGGCUACUGCGACGCCGACACCGUCCCUACCACGCCCGUUCAACCGCAGCCGCCAUCAGCAACCCCCCCAAUCGCCGUCGCUGGGGGAGAGAUCGCUGUUGAUACUCUGACUCCCUGA